CACAAACAUUUGUGUCCCCCCCCAAAAAAAAAUGGCGAACGUAGCUGCCGCUGCGGCUGCAGCCGCCGCCGCCGCUGCCGCCGCUGCAAACAGAGACCCAGCCGUCGAUCGCUCAUUACGGUCGGUGUUUGUGGGGAAUAUUCCUUACGAGGCCACUGAAGAACAGCUGAAAGACAUCUUUUCUGAAGUCGGGCUUGUUGUCAGCUUCAGGUUAGUGUAUGAUCGGGAGACCGGGAAGCCAAAGGGAUAUGGCUUCUGUGAAUAUCAAGACCAGGAGACAGCCCUCAGUGCCAUGCGGAACCUGAACGGGAGAGAGUUCAGUGGUCGAGCUCUCCGUGUUGACAACGCAGCCAGCGAGAAAAACAAGGAAGAGCUUAAAAGUUUGGGAACUGGAGCUCCUAUUAUCGAGUCUCCUUAUGGAGACAUCCAGCCACAGGAGGCCCCCGAGUCCAUCAGCAGAGCCGUGGCCAGUCUGCCUCCUGAGCAGAUGUUUGAGCUGAUGAAACAGAUGAAGCUAUGUGUGCAGAACAGUCCCCAGGAGGCGAGGAACAUGCUGCUGCAGAACCCUCAGCUGGCCUAUGCUCUUCUUCAAGCCCAAGUGGUCAUGAGGAUCGUGGACCCCGAGAUAGCCUUGAAAAUGCUCCAUCGUCAAACUGCAGUUCAGCCUCUGAUUCCUGCCGGGCAGGGCGGAGGAGCACCACCCGCCAAUCCUCCUGCUGCGCCGCCCAGCUUGCCUGUGUCUCAGCCUCCGCCUGGGCCUGGAAUGCACGUCAAUGGAGCCCCUCAAAUGAUGCAGCCCCCCAGCAUGGGUGUCGCCCCAGGACCAAUGCCUGUACCGGGACCUGGACCCGGACCAGUGCAAGGACCAGGACCUGUGGGACCUCCAGGACCUGGAGGUAUCCCGCCCAGAGGCCUGUUGGGUGAUGGUCCUAAUGAUCCCAGAGGAGGGUCUCUUCUGUCGGUCACUGGAGAGGUCAUGGACCCCGGCCGGCCUUACAUGGGAGCUCCUCCACCUCACCAAGCCCCACCUGUACACAUGGCCCAGAUGGCAGGGGGACCCCCUCCAGAUAUGAGAGGACCUCAAAUGGACAUAAGAGGCCCCCCAAUGGGUGAGCCUCGAAACAUGAUGGGUGACCCCAGAGGGCCCCCUAUGAUGGAGCCAAGGGGACCCCCCAUGGAGACCAGAGGGCGGGACCCAAGAGCGAUGGACGCUCGCGGCCCAGUGACUGGGCAGAGGGUUCCCAUGGCGACUGGAAUGCCAGGCCCUGUUCCUCAUAGCAUGGGCCCCAACGCUCCUCCUCCUGCAAGACCGGGUCCUGGUAUUUCGGGCGUUCCUCCAUCUGGAGGAGGUUUCAGUCCUGGGCAGAGCCAGGUCUCUACACAUGACCAGGAGAAGGCGGCCCUGAUUAUGCAGGUCCUGCAGCUGACCCCAGAACAGAUCGCCAUGUUGCCCCCAGAGCAGCGGCAGAGCAUCCUUAUCCUCAAAGAGCAGAUUCAGAAGACUGCAGGAGGAGGACCUUGAUGGUCUGACUGUGGAAAAGCCCUCAGAGAGCCUUUCAGGACAGACUGGUCCAACCUGUCACCGUCAGCUUGAACCGGUCUGAGGACGUCUCACUAGUUUGGAUUCAUGUAUAGUUUUUUAAAAAUCUGUUGUCCAUUUCCUGUAUGAGAGAGUAAAGUUUGUGCUUGUGGGUUCAAAAUUUAGCUAAGCUGUUGAGCAGAUGAUGAACGCACUACAGUUCACUACUGGAUUGUCAAAAGGCUUCUUUCUAUUCCUCUAAAGUCAGUUGACUUCUUUUUCUUUUUUCACCUUUGGCUCCAGAAAGUGUCUUGAUAUUGUUUUGUCAAUAAAAUAAACAUAAAAACACA